AACAGAUAAAAAAAGAAAAAGUUUUUUUCGCUUCCUAUCGAUAGUGGAGCAUAAAAUGACAUAAAGAGUUGCAGAGCUUGAAAAGAUCCUUCAAUGGCGAAUCCUCCGAGAACCCGCAAAAGGGUUCAUGCAGUUCGUCGUGCUCCUGACGGAAGCGCUUUCGAGAAGUGCGAAAAUUGUGGUGUUUUGGCGGCAAUUGCUUUGGCUGAUAUGCACGAAUGCGAAGCUGAACCCAAAAAGGCUGUGAAGAGAUUCAAAGGUCUCAAUGGGAAGCAAAACAUUGUGGAAGGCUGCAAUAGUGACCAACCCAGAUCGCCGUUUCGAUUCUUUAUGGAAGAUUUUAUGAACACAUGCAAGAAGGGGAAACUGAUUGAGAUUGAUCAAAAAGGGUUUGAGAUUUGGAAGAACAUGUCUAAGGAGGAGAGGCAGCCAUAUGUCAACAAAGCUCAAAAGGUGAACUCAGCUUAUGUUAAGAGUUUGAUUCAAGAGGUUGACUAUUCAUCAGAGGUGGAUGAAGAGGUAGAUUCAGCAACUGUGGGGAAGUUUGAUCCGCUCUAUGAAGUCGAUGGAUGCAAUGACUACUCUGAUAGUUUUGAUGGUUUGAGAAGUUUCAACACCUGGGAAUUGGAAAUGGUGAAACCAUGGAUUACUGGAAAAUGGAGUUCUCGGUCUCUCUGAGAUCAAAGAUUUUGGCUUAAAGGUUACCUGGAAUUGGACCUAAAUAGGCAAUGGUGCUCGGAGAAAAAAAAAGGGCAAUGGUGAAAGAUGACAUCACGUGUGGAGAUUUUUUGCUAUAAUCCAAACUCUCAAAAAUGGCAGUCUUUUGGCUAUUGUAAGGUAACAAUAGGACUCUUCUUCCUUUCUGGAGUUAAAAAGGUUUGGCAUUUUGGUGUCUGCUCUAUGAUUUUUUAACUGGGCAUAGAGGGUGAACGAACUUGAACUUGAAAGGAAGCUUUUGGUCCAUAAUUUUGUUUCCGAUUGUUACCUUCCACCUCAUUCAACGAAAAGAAUGAUAAGGAUUUUGAGCAUUAAUAUAAGUUUGUCCUUAAUUCUUGGCC